AGAAUAUAAAUCUCACUUGUUUUUACUUAUCGACUCAGUUUUAAAAAAUAUCCCAAAUUAUUGUUGACAUUCCAAAUUUCAAACCGAAUUCUGAUUUUUGGCACCAUGACGCAACAUUGGAUGCUACACGCUAUUUACCAAAAAUUAUGCGAAAUUAAUCAUUGUUUUAUUAUAUGGCUGACUCUUAAAGUGCUAGGCCUUGUGAUGUUCUUGGACUAUUAUUAUGUCUAUUAUCGCCAUGAUCUGCUCUACUGGAUAGAUGAAAUAUCCCAGCAUUUGCUGGCCUACACAUUAGCCUGCAUUGUGCUCGUGAUGAUGUUAAAAUUGCUAACCUCGGUUCAGGUGAUCACAAUCGAAGCAUUCUUUAAUCGAAAUACGCAUUGCAUCAUGCGACCACGUAAAUUGUAUGAGGAACGUUAUAGACGCUUUGUCUUGAUGCGACUGGUGCAACAACUGGAGACAGCGUUGCAGCAACGCAUCACGAUUCCAAAUGAUAUGCCACAUGAUCUGGCAAUGGUGGAAGAUUUGCAUUUAUUCCAUCAGCAAAUCGAUCAAGCAGUCAACGAAUUUCGCAAUGCGGUGUCCGUCUUACUUUGGCCCAAUCGUGCUGAUUUGCAAUGUGAUGCCUCGGUGCUGUACGCUAUUGAUAAGGCACAGCUCGAUGGUUUGGUUGCACUGGGCUAUAGUUUGAAUAAACCCAAAAGUGUUGAUAUAUCCAACGAAAACAUAAAGCAUUUGCUCAAUCCAUCUGGAUACUAGUUAUUGAAAGUUAAUAAAGUUAUAUUAAUUCCAUGGUUUUGCUUGUAGAU